AUGGCGGAAGAUUUCAAAAUGGAUGACUGGAAGCCACUUCUUUUUCUUCUCUUAGUUUCGACCUUCUGCUCUAUAGAUGCACAGCAGACUGCUUGCAGAAAAGGCACAUUGGCAGAUGUUGUUUUUUUAGUGGAUACUUCAACAAGUAUUGGCCAGGAAAACUUUCAGAAGGUGAAGAACUUCCUCUCCACCUUGGUUUUGAGUCUUGAUGUUGGUCUUGAUGUGAUCCGCAUUGGGCUCGCACAAUACAGUAAUGAGACUUACCAAGAAUUCUUGCUGAACCAGUAUUUGAAAAGUGAUGUUCUGGAGCAAAUUGAGAAUUUGCCAUAUAGGAGUGGAGAACCUUACAUAGGGAGAGCUCUGGAUGUUGUCAAUGAAGUGUACUUCACUGAACCUGCUGGUAGCAGAGCUAAGAGCUAUGUCCCACAGGUAACUAUUUUGAUCACUGGUGGAGUAUCGAACGAUGAAGUUGAAUUGCCUGCUAGAAAACUGAGAAACAGAGGCAUCUCCCUCUAUGUGGUGGGAAUUGGUGUCCAGAAUGCAACUGAGCUUCAGCAAAUAGCCAGCAAACCAUUUGCGAAAUAUCUGUAUAGUACUGGUAGUUUUGGUGACCUUCAAGAUCUCUCCAGAAGACUUUUGAGAAACUUCUGCUUUGCAAUUGAAAGUGAGCUAAAAGAUUGCAACAUACGUCUUUCUAUAGCUAUUGAUAUUUCAAGACGUGUGCAGCCAGAAUCCACAGUGCUUCUGAAACAGAAAUUGCAAGGAUUCCUCCCCAGGCUUUUACUCCAGAUGAAGUCGCUGCCAAAUACCAGCUGUAAUUCUGGCUCUCCAGUCAACAUUAGAUUCAAGUUCCAAGUACCGGCACAGACCAAACAAUUAAUCUUUGACUCUGAUUUUGAAGACUAUAAUGAAGACGUCAUCCAGAAGUUCUUAGAUGCACAGACCACUGUGGACAGUUACCUGAAUGCAGACUUCUUACAGGCACUUGAGGAUAAGUUCUUCAGUGUGACCUCUGCUAAAGUGAAGGUUCUGUUAGUAUUUUCAGAUGGGCUGGAUGAUUCACUGGAAGAUCUCAGAAAAGCAUCUGACUCCUUUCGCUUUAAAGGUCUUGAUGCACUCCUAUUAAUUGGCCUGGACAAUGCACAGAACUUGACUGAACUUCGGGAAAUAGAAUUUGGCAGAGGGUUUGGCUACAAUGAACCUCUGAGUGUUGGCUUUGCAGAUAUUGCCAGUGUCUUGCAGAGAAACCUUAAAGGAAAUGCUGCAAUGUUUUUUGUAAAUGCCUUGGAGAAAAUGGUGAUCAUGGUGGCCAGGGAAGUCCUGGGAGAAAAGGAAGUACAGGUUACAGAGGAUCUCCUGGCCAUCCUGGUGAGGAAGGUUGGAUUGGGGACAGAGGCCCAGCUGGUUUCAAUGGGAGUCAAGGAGAUAGGGGAUGUCCAGGGGUCAGAGGCAAAAAGGGGGGCAGAGGCUAUAGAGGAAGUCAGGGUGAACAUGGUGACAGUGGAUUUGAUGGCACUGAUGGAGAGCAGGUAA